GUUGCGUUGCGCGUGAUGUAGCUGUCCGAGCUGUGCUGGAUGCUGUAGGGACCUGCGCCGCCGUCCGAAUCGGUUUCAGUUCGGCUUGGUGUUGGGCGCGCACGCACACACUGCGUAACGGCGUUACAUUCGGUCCCGUCACCGUUUGGUGGAAUUCCGUACAGACAUCGUUCGCUGAGGUGAACCGAGCAUCGCAAGCAGGUCCAGAGUGUGAAGCAAAAAAAAAGGAAAGAAAGGAAGGCGAUCGUGAUCAAGCUCACAGCCUGUUGUCGCGCGCGCGCGUGUGUGUGUUUUUGUGUGCUACUGGUAAGCCUUUUGUUAUCGUUUAGGGUUUAAUGGAAGAUCAGGCAGGGGUUUGCGACCGAGUAUUUAAAAAACGGAAUCAAUUUCAAUAUUUUCCACCCUCGUGCAACAACAACAAAUAGUUGCCGUGCUGCGGAAGGGCAAAAAAGUCAAGCACGAGUGAGAAGGAAGACACGGAAAUGCCUUCCAGACAUAAGCCAGAUCCCUGCUUGAGUGUUGAUUUACACACACACACACACACACGCACACAAACAAACAAAAACUAACAAGCGCAGCAGAAUGAUCUCAGGCCCCGGGCGAUUGGAAUGUAUCGUGCACUGUUCCCACCCGUUUCCCCCUUCCACUUUUCCUAGGCGCAGCUUCUAGAAAGCUAUCACACACACACACACACAUACACAAAUACACACACUCCAGGAGUAAACUGGCCUUGGCUGGCCGAGACGAAAGAAAAACAGCACGCGAAACAGGUUCGCCACAAUUUCCUUCACGCGCCCUCUACAAUCAUACAACGCCAUCCCCAACCCACUUCCCCCUCUUGGAACCGAAUGCCCACCAGCGAGAGGGGGGGGGGGGGUGGUUGGCGAGGGGGCAUGUAAAAGGGUGGCGAGGUGCAGCUCAAACAGCACCGCUCAGCGCAACGCAACGAUCAACACACCGCUUACGAUCAACCGCGGCGGCGAUGCGGUUUUGUUUACAUAUUAAUUAACUUUGGAGAAUCUUACCUUAGCACGAUCCGAGAGAGAGAGAGAGAGAGAGAGAGAGAGAUGGAGGAAGAGAACAUGAGAGAGAGAAGAGAGGUUGGAAAGACACAUAACCUAGCAAUGGACCGGUAAUAUUAGUGUGUGCAUUAGAGAGUGCCAGUCAGUGUGGGAAGGGAUUUGCUCGUCGAACAAUCUUCCGGAAUGUCCGUUGCUCCUUGAACGUGAUCCUGAUAAGAUCUUGUCAACAAACGAGAGGGGCGAGUGGUUCUGUGAACGCAAACAAAGCGAAGCCAGCGCUUCAAGCAGAAUUCAGAGAAUUUCAUCCCCGCAUCGCACCCGACAACCCUUAUUGCGUCUCGGCUAGAAGAAGCAUCAAGCGGAAGUGAAACUGUCGGAAGCCUCUCUCUGCGUGGUAUUGCGAGAAACGCUACUCCAAAACACCCCCCUCCAAACCAAUGGAGCGCGAAAGGCGGCGGACGGACGGGAAAGCGUUCGCGCUGCUCGCCGGCGCCGUGCUGGUGCUGCUGACCUGCGUCCAGCUAGCGGCGAGCUGCAACGAGAUGGUGUGCGCCUCGAUCGUCUCCAAGUGCAUGCUGACGCAGAGCUGCAAGUGCGACAUGAAGAGCUGCACCUGCUGCAAGGAGUGCGCCGAGUGCCUGAGCUACCUGUACACCGAGUGCUGCAGCUGUCUCGAGAUGUGCCCGAAGCCGAACGAAACGUCCAACGAGCUGUCGAAGCAGUCGCACAUCGAGGACCUGGAGGGUUUCCCCAACCUGUACGACGUGAUCACGUCCGAGCAGGAUGCGCAGGGCCGCUGGAAGGUGAUCUCGUUCCCGAUCGACAUCGAUGCGGCACUGUACGGGCCGAAGGGUGACGGUGCGACGAAAUACGUUGUCCACUCGACCGACAUGGAUCUGAAGCAGAAGUACGAGGAUCCGAACAAAAUCACGGUCAACUGUACCGUCGCCUACCAGGCCCAGUGCAUGUCCUGGAACAAGUGCAAGGAGAGCUGCCGGACGAUGGGUGCCAGCAGUUAUCGCUGGUUCCACGAUGGUUGCUGCGAGUGCAUCGGCCAGUACUGUCUCAACUACGGCAUCAACGAGUCGCGCUGUCGCGACUGUCCCGAGAACAAGGAGCACGACCUGGACGACUUCGCGCCAGAGGACGAGCUGGACUACGGGGACGGGCUGGGGCCGCUCGACAAUGCGGCGAUCGAGUCGACCAACAUAUGAAUCGGGCUCGGGCUGCCGGUACUUUGCCUGGUCCGCCGCUACCUGACCGAACGCAUCAUCACCCCAUUCCGCCGAUGAGGGCGGAUGCGGGACAAGCAGCAUAAUAACGCCAACGCAUUUCGAUUAUCGUUUAGCAGGGUUUUAUUUUCGGUACGAUUAUUAUUAUUAUUAUAUUUGCAAUUCUUUAAUCCAUACGACAUAAUGUAAGAUUUCGAAGGACGUGGAAAGUCCGCAGGGGGCGCGGAACAAGGAAGCAGAGCAAGGCAAGCUGUACAGAGGCGAACACUUAGGUCCAUUAGUGUAGUGUUAAGGCAAGCGUUAAGGCACUACUAACUUACGGCAGCUGCGUUAGAUGUGUUAUAGCAAGGGCAUGGGAUGUAAGCAGCAGCUACUGCUUCCGCUCUGGAAUAGGGCUUAGUAACAAGUAACGGAAACAAUCAAAAUAAAACAACACGGUUGUAUUUAAAAUUGUACAGUCAAAAUCUUCCCAUCAACUCAAGGCAGCACGAUGCCCCUGGAUGGGGUACAAUCAGGGAAGGAACAAGGGAACUUCACUUUUGCCAACCCGAAUAGCUUUAAGCAAGCAGCCGACCCACUAAGCCAUCUCUUAUUUGCCCCCCGUGUGCUUUAUCGUCUGCUUUGCGAUUGAUCUGUAGUGUGGAGUGUGCGCGAGUUGUGUUAGCCAUUAAGCGUAGGUCCUCUGACCCUCUCAAGGCACGCUGAAAGGUGGUGAGAAAGUGAACAGGAAGUAUUGAGCAAUGCAGAAUAUUACUAGCCUGUUAUCUAGCAUGAGCACAAACGCAAGCAAGUAACAACAUAGAAAUUGGUGUACAAAAGAGUACUGUAUCUGUAUGUUAAUGUGUGCUUUUGAGAUUUAGUGUCGAACGUUUAAUACUCCUGCCUGUCCAUGUCCAUGUUCGUAAGCCGAAAUACAAGUGUAAUCCCUCUGUUGUUGUGAGAUACAACACAAACAAAUUUAAUUCGAGCGCAGCCUGUGUUUAAUUGAUUUUUUUUUAUUUAUGAUCCCGGGAGAUAUAGGUGCAAGUUUUUUCCUAAUGCAGCAAUCAUUGUUUAAACCGCUGGAAGUCGCUUAACAUGUGCAAGUCAGGACGCACCAAGCGGCCUUGCUGGGAAAGGUUUUAGACUAAUCAUUAUCAUUAUUACCUUCCAGUGUAACAAAAGCUACCUGUAUAUCUGUUAAUAAAGCCUCAUCAAUCUAGUGCCUUUGCCUAUCUCCUAGUA